UUGUGCUGGAUCGAUUCGUGAAUGCCAUUGCCAUUGCCGUAUCGCAAUUCCACAAGGGCAUCAAAGGCAUCGAUCAUCUUAUUCAAUCACGAUUCAGGAAUCCUAAAUCAGACUUUGCCUUAACUUUCCUGAAUUCGCUUGCUCGUCCGUUGAUGGACAGAUUUUUGCCACCAAGUAGCUGUUUGGCCCAGUUAUAUACCUAUGCCAAAUCCGACGGAGCUGCAGAGCAAAGGGCUUUGCAGGGCAGCAUCUUUGAAUGAUGGAUGCGAAGGAUAUAGAUUUUGAGGUGGUUGCAGUUCCCUCAUUUGAUGAGGUGGACGCAAGGCCUAUGGCAAUAGCAUGUACAGGAAGUGAAGGAUGCUUCAUUGUAUUCUUUGCUGCUUUUGGUUUCAAAUAUGUGGACCUGUCUGAAGGACAGUGGAAGGAAGCGAUGAAAUUCAAUGGAUCAAUUACACCAGGGUUUGGUCUUUUUCACUACAAUCAGGGAGAUGCCAGUUGGAUCUCUUUUGUGGAGUCUCCGGCGAAGUCUUUUGUUUGCUAUCGAAUCUCCGAGGAGUCCAUUGUGGGACGAAUGACAUUUCCAGGUGAUGUCAUGGCAACAUGCCCCGCAGGAGAGGGUAUUGCAGCAAUGGUUCUUUCCACCGGUCAACUGCGAUUUGCAGACCUGACCACUGGCAAAGCUUGUGGGAAAGGAGCUCGACCCAAGUUUUUUGACAAGGAAGAGUCGAAGCCGUUUUGUAUGGCACAGGUGAAGCCUCGCCAAGUAGUCGUGAUGAGACAAGUAAAAGCUGUGAAUGUCUUCAAUGUGCAAUUCUUUGUUGUGGAGCUGGAUGAAAUGAACAAUGCACAAAUCCAGCAAAGUGGCGUACUGAAAAUGGGAAGCUUGGCGAGACUCAGUCAUGGCCUCGGAGAAAACUUUGAGCUUGACUCAAUUGAUGCGAUUGGUGGAGAACAAGAUGAUAAGGCUGGACAGCCGCGCAUCAUUCUUGCCUGCAAAAGAACAGCUCCUAUUCCGACCAAUGGGCUUCUGAAUGGGAAGCAAGCUGAGCAUUCUGAAUGCUCAGAACAAGGAAGGCGAUUUGCUUUGGCAAAUCUUCACACCCUGCGAGCUGAAGCUUUAGGAGCCUUUUCUGGAGCUUCGGAUGAAAGCGAAAAUAGGCCUCACUGGCAUUUGAUGGGACUAGAUUACUUUGUGGAGUGGUUUGUUGAAGAUGGGGUGAGGUUCCGAUUGCGAGAUUCAAAGUAUGGCUUGAUUGUGGGCACUGGACAUGUUUCGAGAAACGGAAAGCUCAAAAAUUCGGAAAGCGGAAAGAGAGAUUCUCUCUUCCUUUGCACAUCUGAGAGAUUCUCUCUAGCCUCAGUGGAAGGAUCCUUUGUGGCCAUCCGCUGGACUCUCCCUCGAUAUCAUCUUGCCAGCAUGUUAGGUCGAGGUGCACCGGCAGAUGCUCCACCAUUUGAUUUGGGAGAAGCACUCAGCAGGAAGAGGAAACAUGAGGCAGAUGAUGAGAUUGACUCUAGCUUCAUUGCAAGUCUCGUGCGCAAUUGCCAAGGAGAAGGGCAUUCGGAUGUACAGAUGCUUCGAUCAUGCUUGAAGCCAGAAGAUCUUCCAUUUGUACUCAAGACCCUGACGGCAUGGCUUUCUUUCCGCCGAGAUUUGACGGCUGGAAGUAUCAACGCUGCUGCACCUGGACUGCCCUCUGUUGCUGCAAUGGCCCGAUUCCUGAAAGCACUGGCAGAUGCUUUUGUGCAGAGCAUAGUGACGUUGCCGGCAGAUCUGGUGCAGAAGGUGAUAGAGUGCCUGGUGGCAGCCCAGAAGGAUGUCGCCUGCAACGAGAAGCUCUUCAGCAGAGCAGCGGCUGCAUAUUGUGAACCAGUGAGAAAGAACACCGGAGCAGCCAGUCAUAGUCGUGUGGACAUUGCCAUCUUGGACUUCUGAGAAGAGGUGAACAGCUUGUUCUGAUGUUUUUCACCACGACAUCGUGGCAAUAAUUUCAGUCUCACAGUGACGCCAUAGUGCUCACCUUGCUUUGUAAUGAAUUCCAAUCUGUCAAAGCUCAUCAAAGUUCUACACUUCUCAAAAUGCUCUAAAGCUUCCAAUCAGUCCAAGCCGAUCUAAGUGGUAUGUUCCAAUCAGAGCGUGACGCUUCAUGACACCUCAUCGUAAGCUAUGGAUCUCCAGAAGGACAUUUUGCCAUGAACAAAAUUUUUUCCUUGCUGCACGGGC